CUCCCCUUGACCCUUGACCUCGGGACUUGCGGGGAGACCUCCACAUCAACCGUCGGCCACCAAGGGCAGGUCGGAGUCUGUUUUCCUUCAAAGCCGCGAACAGCCUUUAGCUUCGUAGCUAUUCGUCUGUGCCGAAGCUUCAAAAGUAGCCGAGCCCUCUUUCUGGCGGUCAACUGAGCGCCUACUUGUCCUCGUUGCCCCCCAUCCUCUGUCGGUUGAGCGGAAACAUGGCCUCCCGUCGUGCUAUCGCGCGCAUACCGGCGCUGGCCGCUCGCUCGUCCCUCCACCGCGCAGCACCUCUCUGCACCAGGAUGUCGUCCCCCGUGAGCGUCAACAAGGUCGCUGCCAGGCGGCUUCAUGCCACCGCGCAGCACUUGAAGCCUGCGGGCGUUGCUGCUGCGGAGGGCUACCCCAUGACCCACGAGAAGAUUGCGUCGCCCGAGGACACACCGAACUUCCUCGACAACAAGUUUGUGGCUUCAAAGGCGACAAAAUGGAUCGACCUCCACGAUCCUGCCUCGAACAACUUGGUCACGAGAGUGCCCCAGAGCACGGAUGAGGAGCUCAAGGCCGCGGUCGACAGCGCUGAGAAGGCGUUCCCCGCGUGGAAGGCCACCAGCGUGCUCCACAGGCAGCAGAUCUUGUUCAAGUACACAGCGCUCAUCCGCGAGAACUGGGACAGGCUCGCUGCCAGCAUCACGCUCGAGCAGGGCAAGACGUUUGCCGAUGCGCGAGGCGAUGUCCUCCGUGGUCUGCAGGUCGCAGAGACGUCGUGCGGCAUUCCCACCCAGAUGACCGGCGAGGUGCUCGAGGUCUCCAAGGACAUGGAGACUCGCAGCUACAGGGAGCCGCUGGGUGUUGUUGCUGCCAUCUGCCCCUUCAACUUCCCUGCCAUGAUUCCCCUCUGGACGAUCCCCAUCGCUGCGGCUACUGGCAACACUGUCGUCCUCAAGCCCUCUGAGCGCGAUCCCGGUGCGUGCAUGAUCCUGGCUGAGCUCGCCGAGAAGGCCGGGUUCCCUCCCGGUGUCAUCAACAUCGUGCACGGCUCUGCCAGGACGGUCGACUUCAUCCUCGACGAGCCCCGCAUCAAGGCCAUUAGCUUCGUCGGCUCCAACAAGGCCGGAGAGUACAUCUUCGCGCGCGGGUCUGCCAACGGCAAGCGUGUGCAGGCCAACCUCGGUGCGAAGAACCACGCGGCUGUCCUGCCCGACUGCAACAAGAACCACGCUCUGAACGCGAUUGCGGGCGCUGCUUUCGGUGCCGCGGGCCAGCGAUGCAUGGCUCUCAGCACGCUUGUGCUGGUCGGCGAGACCAAGGAGUGGGUCGGCGAGAUUGCCGAGCGCGCAAAGGCUCUCAAGAUGGACGGUGGUUUUGAAAAGGACGCUGAUCUCGGCCCUGUCAUCAGCCCCGAGUCCAAGAAGCGCAUCGAGGAGCUGAUCGCCAGCGCCGAGGAGGAGGGUGCGACGAUUCUGCUCGACGGGCGUGGCCAGAAGCCCGCGUCGGGCAAGUACCCCAACGGCAACUGGGUCGGCGCCACCAUUAUUGCGAACGUCAAGCCGCACAUGAAGUGCUACCGCGAGGAGAUCUUCGGGCCGGUGCUUGUGUGCUUGAACGUCGAGACGAUCGACGAGGCGAUUGAGAUGAUCAACGCGAACGAGUACGGCAACGGCACGGCCAUUUUCACGCGGUCCGGCGCGACGGCAGGCAAGUUCCAGCGCGAGAUUGAGGCCGGGCAGGUUGGUAUCAACGUGCCCAUUCCCGUGCCGCUGCCCAUGUUCUCGUUCACGGGCAACAAGAAGUCGAUCGCGGGCGGCGGGGCCAACACGUUCUACGGCAAGCCCGGGCUGCAGUUCUACACGCAGCAGAAGACGGUGACGAGUUUCUGGAGCAGCGAGGACGCGAUUGCGAGGAAGGCGGAUGUGGCCAUGCCGACGCAGUCGUAGGUGUUGCUCAUCCAGUUUGUAGCAUUGCACAUGCAGUUUGUAGCAUUGCACAUCCAGUUUGUAGUAUUGCAUAUCCAAUUGUAGUGAUUGCACAUCUAGUUUGUAGUAUUGCAUAUCCAAUUGUAGUAAUUGCACAUGCAGUUUAUAGCAUUGCACAUCCAG